AUGUCGCUGUCCAACAAACUUACCUUGGAUAAGGUGGACGUAAAGGGAAAGCGGGUCAUCAUGAGAGUCGACUUCAAUGUUCCCAUGAAGGACAAGCACAUCACAAACAACCAGAGGAUCAAGGCAGCAGUUCCCACCAUCCAGCACUGUCUGGACCACGGGGCCAAGUCGGUGGUUCUGAUGAGCCAUCUGGGCCGUCCUGAUGGGAACUUUGUGCCUGAGAAGUAUUCCUUGGAGCCCGUUGCUGCUGAGCUGAAGACCCUUUUGGGGAAGGACGUCACCUUCCUGAAGGACUGCGUGGGUCCUGAGGUUGAAGCUGCCUGUGCAAACCCUGCUGCCGGAUCAGUCAUCCUGCUGGAGAACCUCCGCUUCCACGUCGCAGAGGAGGGAAAAGGGAAGGAUGCCUCUGGAAACAAGACCAAGGCGACCCAGGAGCAGACGGACUCCUUCAGGGCGUCUUUGUCCAAACUGGGAGAUGUUUACGUCAACGAUGCUUUCGGCACCGCCCACAGAGCCCACAGCUCCAUGGUGGGGGUGAAUCUCCCUCAGAAGGCAGCCGGCUUCCUCAUGAAGAAGGAGCUGGACUACUUUGCCAUGGCUCUGGAGAAACCCAAGAGCCCCUUCCUGGCCAUCCUGGGAGGAGCCAAGGUGAAGGAUAAGAUCCAGCUGAUCAACAACCUGCUGGAUAAGGUCAACGAGAUGAUCAUCGGGGGCGGCAUGGCCUUCACCUUCCUCAAAGUCCUCAACAACAUGGAGAUCGGCACUUCUCUGUACGAUGAGGAGGGCGCCGGCAUCGUCAAGGACUUGAUGGCCAAGGCGGAGAAGAACGGCGUCAAGAUCACUCUGCCCGUCGACUUCGUGACGGCGGACAAGUUUGACGAGAAGGCCGCCACCGGGAUCGCCACGGUGGCCGCCGGCAUCCCCGCCGGCUGGAUGGGUCUGGACUGUGGACCGGAGAGCUCCAAGGCCUACGCCGAGGCUGUGGGCAGGGCCAAGCAGAUCGUGUGGAACGGCCCCGUGGGCGUCUUCGAGUGGGAUAACUUCGCCAAAGGAACCAAGAAUCUCAUGGACAAGGUGGUGGAGGUGACCAAGGCGGGCUGCAUCACAAUCAUCGGUGGGGGCGACACGGCCACCUGCUGCGCCAAGUGGAACACGGAGGACAAAGUCAGCCACGUCAGCACGGGAGGCGGCGCCAGCCUGGAGCUGCUGGAG